GACACUGUCCCAGCUGCCACCUAGACUCAGGAGCCCUGCGAAGAAAUCCCAGGUCUGGUGAAUCUUUCAGCCCCGGGGGAUAGGGGUGGUAAAAGGUGAGGGUGGUGCCGCUUGGAGAAGGGGGGGAAAUGUCAGCAUUCUUUUCCUUCUGGGACUGGGGGUGCUUGAGAAGCCUGGAGGGGUUGGAGCAAGCAGGAUGGGGCCAUGGCCAUGCAGAAAAUCCUUGCCCGAGAAAUCCUGGACUCCAGGGGCAACCCCACAGUGGAGGUGGACCUGCACACGGCCAAGGGCCGAUUCCGAGCAGCUGUGCCCAGUGGAGCUUCCACAGGUAUCUAUGAAGCUCUGGAACUAAGAGAUGGAGACAAAUCUCGCUACCUGGGGAAAGGGGUCCUGAAGGCCGUGGAACACAUCAAUAAGACUCUAGGCCCCGCACUGCUGGAAAAGAAACUAAGCGUGGUGGAUCAAGAAAAAGUUGACAAAUUUAUGAUUGAGCUGGAUGGGACAGAGAAUAAGUCCAAGUUUGGGGCCAAUGCCAUCCUGGGUGUGUCCCUGGCUGUGUGCAAGGCCGGAGCAGCUGAGAAGGGGGUCCCGCUCUACCGACACAUUGCAGAUCUCGCUGGGAACCCAGACCUGAUCCUCCCGGUCCCUGCCUUCAAUGUGAUCAACGGGGGCUCCCAUGCUGGAAACAAGCUGGCCAUGCAGGAGUUCAUGAUCCUGCCUGUGGGAGCCAGAUCCUUCAGGGAAGCCAUGCGCAUCGGUGCCGAGGUCUACCACCACCUCAAGGGGGUCAUCAAGGCCAAGUAUGGGAAGGACGCCACCAAUGUGGGUGAUGAGGGCGGCUUUGCACCCAACAUCCUGGAGAACAAUGAAGCCCUGGAGCUGCUGAAGACCGCCAUCCAGGCGGCUGGUUACCCCGACAAGGUGGUGAUUGGCAUGGACGUGGCGGCGUCUGAGUUCUAUCGCCACGGAAAGUAUGAUCUUGACUUCAAGUCACCUGAUGACCCUGCACGGCACAUCACUGGGGAGAAGCUGGGGGAGCUGUAUAAGAGCUUCAUCAAGAACUAUCCUGUGGUCUCCAUUGAGGACCCUUUUGACCAGGAUGACUGGGCUACCUGGACCUCAUUCCUCUCGGGGGUCAACAUCCAGAUCGUGGGGGAUGACCUCACAGUCACCAACCCCAAGAGGAUCAGCCAGGCCAUUGAGAAGAAGGCCUGCAACUGCCUGCUGCUGAAGGUCAACCAGAUCGGCUCAGUGACCGAAUCCAUCCAGGCCUGCAAACUGGCUCAGUCUAACGGCUGGGGGGUGAUGGUGAGCCACCGCUCCGGGGAAACCGAGGACACGUUCAUCGCUGACCUCGUGGUUGGGCUCUGCACAGGACAGAUCAAGACUGGUGCCCCCUGCCGCUCAGAGCGUCUGGCCAAAUACAAUCAGCUCAUGAGGAUUGAGGAGGCUCUCGGGGACAAGGCUGUUUUUGCUGGACGCAAGUUCCGUAACCCAAAGACCAAGUGAGAAGCUGGAGGCCCCAGGAUCCCACGGGACAGAUCUAGGCCUUCAAGCCCUUCCUCCUGAAAUAAACACUGGUGCCAACCAA